CAUACUCACGGAUCGCAUCAUCACCACGGACUGCAGAAUUUUUAUAUUGCUUGUAUCUAUGGUCAGUAUGUGUAAUGGCAGUUUUGUAUAUCUUUGUGUGUACGAAGAUUUGAGUGUCUUAAUAUCGGUAUUUUUAAUCAAUAUUUCAUGGUGCACAAUAUUUUAUACUAUGAGUUAUUUGUGACAUAUUUUAAUUAAUGUUUGUUUUGCCUUUGCUGAAAAGGACCAUGUUUAGUACAUGCUUGGCGUGAAAAGUGCAAGCUAUGUGAUACAAAAGUUAGGUUAGGUACUUCAAAUCUCAUCGUGUAAUGUUAAUUUUUCCUACUUGCACGUUCAUUAAAUAUAAUAUCCAUUAUGAGAGUCAAACCGAAGGGUAGAAGAGCGAAGAAGGUGGGGAGUAUAACAAAUGGACGUGGGAAAGGGAACACUAAGAAAGUUGAUUUAAGCACUCUAAGUGUUGAUGAUUUCAUGAACUCUACUUUUGAUGAAUCUGGGGACAGUGAAAUCGAUAAUGAUGACAACUCACCAGAUGAUGUAACUCGAGCAAUGAAUGAGGAUCAUCAGGAAGAAGAUUUAGCUGCUGAAGAUGAACGCUUCUUUAGUGAGGAUGAACAUGAGGAAAUUUCUGAAGAUCAUACUAUGGGUUCAGAUGCUAAUAAAGCAUCUGAUGAUGAAAAUGUGGGAAAUUCUGAUGGGGCUGAAGACUCUGAUGGUAGUAAUGUGUUUGACUGGUACACACACAAGAAGUCUUUGGAAAAGUUACGUGAUACUGAUCCAGAAUUCUACAAGUACCUUGAACAGAACGACAGGAAACUUCUUCAGUUCAAUGUAUCAGACAGUGAAGAUGAGGCAGAGGAAGAGCAGGAGGACCAGAUACACAAACCUGUGCCGGACUUGGAGGUUGCAAGCGAUGAAAGUGACUUUGAAGCAGAUGACAAGCCAAAGGAUGAACAUGUGGUGACCCUAAAAAUGGUCAAGGACUUAGAGGAAAAAUUACAUAAUUCCAGUUCUAUUGAUGCUACAAGAUGUGCAGUAAAGAUGUUCCACUCUGCUCUUCAGAGGGUUACCUCACCCCAGGAGGAAGACACAGAACCAGCAGAGUUUGUGGUUGAAGGCAGCCCAGUGUUCAAUGCAGUUGUUCAGUUGUGUGUUCUGGAGAUACAGGCAGCAUUCAAACGUUGCCUGAACCUGUCAUCCACUGUCAAGGAGCACAUUCAGCUAACCAAGUGUAAGAAGUGGAGGAAGAUGAAACCUCUGCUCAGCUUAUAUCUGACAGAUCUUGUCAAGUUUCUUGCCAAUGUCUCGUCUUCACAUAUUCUUGCAGUACUUUUAAAACAUUUGCACCAACUUGCAAUGUUCAUGCCAUACUUUACCAAACUGAGACGUCCACUUCUGAAGAGGCUGGUAUCACUGUGGGGUUCAGGAGAGGAGACAGUUCGAGUCUUGGCCUUUUUGUGCCUUCUGAAAAUAACAACCAGGCAACAGAAGGCAUUGCUUGAGCCCGUGUUGAAGAUGAUGUACCUGACUUAUGUGAGGAAUUGUAAAUUUGUGGCCCCUUCUACAUUGCCAGCUGUCCGGUUCAUGCGUCAGUCACUGACGGAAAUGUUUGCUCUGGACGAGGCUGCAUCAUACCGGCAUGUCUUCCUAUAUGUUCGGCAGUUGGCAAUUCACCUUCGAACUGCUAUUACUCUCUGCAAGAAGGAGAAUAUUCAGGCUGUAUAUAACUGGCAGUUUGUCCAAUCAUUACAUUUAUGGACAGAGGUUCUUGGAAUGACAGCCCAUCGACCACAUCUCCAGCCACUACUGUACCCUCUUGUGCAGAUAAUUAUUGGCACCAUAAAGUUGGUUCCCACAGCACAGUACUAUCCUCUGCGUUUCCAUUGUGCACAGAUGUUGAUUCAGCUCUCCAAGCAGACUGGAACAUUUAUACCUGUUUUACCAUUCAUACUUGAGGUGCUCAGUGGGUAUAACUUCAACAAACCACACAAGAAAGUAUCAAUGAAACCCCAGGACUUCACAUGCAUUCUUAGGCUCUCAAAGUCACAGCUUCAGGAGAAUGGCUUCAAGGAUGCUGUAAUAGAGAAAGUUUACCAGCAACUCCUGGAGUAUCUUGCCAGUGAAGCUCAUACGAUCUGUUUCCCUGAUACAGUGGUAGCAGCAAGCAUACAGUUAAAGAAGUUUGUGAAGGAAUGUAAGUCUGCAAACUACAGCAGAAAGUUAAAGCAGAUCCUUGAGAAAAUUGAGGAGAAUGCAAGAGUUAUUGAGCUAGAGCGUUCCAAAGUUUCAUUCUCAUUAAGUGACCGUAAAGCCAUAGAUGCAUGGGAAACCAACUUGAAGUUAAAUGGAACUCCUCUGGCUAUAUUCUAUGAAUCAUGGAAUAAAGUAAACUUACAGCAGAUGGCUAAGCGAGCUACCAACAAUGACAAGCUAGGUGAAUACAAUAUACCAACAUUAAAGAAGCAUGAAAAGAAACGCACAAAUCCACAAGAUGAUGAUGGUCCUGUUGAACUGUUCCCUUCAUCAGAUGAAUCAGAUGAGGAUGUGGGCUUGACACUGAGUUCACCACCAAAGAAGAAAAAACGUGGCACACGAGGCAGAAAGGGGAGAGGGAAAGUUCAGAAGAUGUCAGUGGAAGAUACAGAGAAUGUACCUAGUGGAGAAGAAGAUAUUGUUCAGGAUUUGCAGCUCUCUGACUUCAAGUAAUGCCUGUCAUGGAAGAGAUGCUGUUAUAAGGAAAAAAUACUGUUUGGACAACAUGGGAACUGGAAUGGUGAGAACGGAGUGACAGCUCUUUAUACUGUCAUGUUAUCAGGAGUUUUUAAUGUCAUGUGGUUUUAUGUAUUUGCUGGGCUAACUGCAGGAAGGUGCAAGUAAGCUUUCACAGUGGCUAGAGUUCAUGAGAUCUUCUUAAGACUAUCAGCAUGUCAGGUAGUCAGAAAUUAAUAAAACACAAUAUGCUGGUAAUUUCUAACCAACUGACAUGGCUGACAGCCCAAGAAGAUUUUAUCAUCAGGUGUAUGUCAUACUGUGAUACAAUGACAUUUAUACUGGAGCAAAAGUGUUUCAUGUCAGUCUGUCUUACUGUCCAUACAAUAAAGUUGUGUUGUCCGUA